AUGGACCCACCCCAUUGGCUUUUGACUGCACAUGAUAUCAAUAGCGCCUUCAAGGCCACAAGGGAGGAGCACAGCAGCUCUGGGAGGAGAAAGAAAAAAGUUGUGAUUGAAAUUCUCAAUACUGCCACCACAUUAUCUUCUAUAAGCGAGCAGAAGCAGUCAUCACACUUACUGUAUACAAAAGAGUUCAACAAUGUCAAGAACAAGUUGCAGUGCUUGGAGCAUCCAGGAGAUAAUAUCUUCUGUUGGGUUGAUGUCACACAGCUAAAUGCUCCACACUAUCCACUGUGUACACAGGACCUGCAAGAGUGGGCCAAAUACUUGCACCAGACUCAAGAUCCUGACAAUGCAUGUGUCACACUACCCAGCACUGUCUAUUUUGAUGAAAUUUGGAAGUCACAUAAGGAACGCUCUGCAUCAUCACUCCAGAGAGUGCCCACCGAGGUCAUGUCUCCCAUUCAAAUCCACAAUCAUAUUCAUCUCUCAUCCUCUGUCAAUGACAUGGCAAUCUCUGAUGGAACACUUUCAAGAUGA